CUCCACCCCCACUGCUCUCGUUGUAAUAGGCUACCUACUUGGGUGGGCAUACCUUAUCAAGUAUCGAGCAGAUUGAGAAAGAGAGAAAGAGAAAUGGAGGAGAAAGUGGUGAAGUCGAGGUUCAAGCGAGUCUGUGUCUUCUGUGGGAGUAGUACUGGAAAGAGGAACUGCUAUCGAGAUGCUGCCCUCGAAUUAGGCGAAGAGCUUGUUUCGAGGAGGCUGGAUCUUGUUUAUGGAGGUGGGAGUGUUGGGUUGAUGGGUUUGGUCUCUCAAGCCGUUCACCAUGGUGGCGGCCAUGUUCUUGGGAUCAUUCCCAAGACUCUCAUGUGCAAAGAGAUAACAGGAGAAACUGUUGGGGAAGUUAAACCCGUUGCCGACAUGCACCAAAGGAAAGCUGAGAUGGCCCGCCAUUCUGAUUGUUUUAUUGCGUUACCAGGUGGGUACGGAACCCUUGAAGAACUGCUGGAGGUGAUAACCUGGGCUCAGCUUGGCAUCCAUGAGAAACCUGUGGGUUUGCUGAAUGUGGAUGGUUACUACAAUUACUUACUCACCUUCAUCGACAAAGCUGUUGACGAUGGUUUCAUCCAGCCUUCUCAGCGCAACAUAAUCGUUUCUGCUCCGACCGCUAAGGAACUCGUUCAGAAGCUUGAGGAAUAUGUGCCUGUGCACGAUCAAGUCGUCGCAAUGGCGAGAUGGGAGGUUGAGCAGGCGGAGUUUAUUGCAUCCCUGAAGAUUGAGAUUGCUCGCUAGAUAAGAGAGGGAAGAAAUUGGACAUCUAUUUUAUUUUUGGCUUUCCCAUCUUGUGCUUUUUUUUUCCCCUUCCUUUUCAGAUGCUCUUUGCUCUGAAUCCUUUUGUGAUUUUGUAUUUAUGCUUGUAUAUGAAACUGAAACAGAGCUGACAAAUUAGCAUUGAAAGGGAAAAUUUUUGUUUGUGUAA